AAUGGCCACCUUCUCAUAUCUGGCCUACUUUCCUGUAAGGUGCUCUUCCAAUAGGGAUAGCUACGACCCGAAUAAGCAAAAGCUGAAUAACAUCAAGAUUAAUGGAACUUCUACCAAGUCCACAACCAAGCAGGUUGAGGCUGGAGUGACAACCACUUUCACUUCUGUUGCUUCUGUUACUGCAAAUGGCUACAUGACUGAACAGAAAGUUCGACAAAACAUCCCGACAACGAAGCAGUCUGUCGAUCAUUUUCGACAAGGGAUCACCAUUGAAGGGGGCAUAGGGUACAGACAGAGGGUUGUUGUUCGGUCCUAUGAGGUCGGUCCUGAUAAAACUGCAACAUUGGAGAGCAUCCUCAAUCUUCUUCAGGAAACAGCUUUGAAUCAUGUGUGGAUGUCUGGACUCCUCAGUGAUGGAUUUGGAGCAACCCAUGGAAUGAUGAAGAAUGAUCUUAUUUGGGUUGUCUCCAGAAUGCAAGUUCAAAUUGAUCAGUAUGGAAUCUGGGGAGAGGUACUGGAAAUUGACACUUGGGUAAGAGCAUCAGGGAAGAAUGGUAUGAAGCGUGACUGGUUAAUCCGAAGCCAAGCCACAGGCCAAGUUUUUGCUCGGGCAACCAGCACUUGGGUGAUGAUGAACCGGAAAACAAGGCGCCUCUCGAAAAUGCCAGAAGAGGUGAGGGCUGAGAUUGCACCUUGGUUUAUAGGGAAACAGGCCAUCGCAGAUGAUGUCCCUGAGAAAAUUGUCAAGUUGGACAACAAGGCUAAGUAUGUGAACAGAGACUUGAAGCCCAAGAGAAGUGAUUUGGACAUGAACCAGCAUGUCAACAAUGUGAAGUAUGUUAGAUGGAUGCUUGAGACCGUUCCGGACCAUAUUUUGGAGUCCCACCAACUGUCUGGCAUCAUACUAGAAUACAGAAGGGAAUGUGGGAAUUCAGAUAUAGUUCAAUCACUUUGUGAUCCAGAUGAAGAAGGAAUGCUUAUAGAGGGACUGAAACAACAAGAGAACCGUGACAUGAAUUUAAUGAAUGGGUUUUCUUUGGCAGCUGGAAUUCUCGAGGGUGGUGGGUUCCUAGGGUUUGAGAAGCAGCCAUUGAGGUAUACACAUCUCCUCCAAAUCAAUGGGGAGACUAAAAAUGAAGAGAUAGUUAGAGGACGAACUACAUGGAAGAAAAAAUCACCAACCACCCCAUUUUCUUCUAUGUAGCAAAUAU